AUGGCUAUGAUUAGUGUUAUUGUAAUUGUAAUAAUUUUGACUAGUAAUGUUAUCGUUAAUGUAGUGGCGGUUACUAAUGGAAUACUGCUAGAUGGACCUGGCGAUGCUAAGUGUGAUGAAGGCGUUGAUGUUGAUGUUGAAGAAGAGAAUUGUGGUGUAGAUGCUGUUGCGGGGUCGGUGGUUGUGUUGACAAGAAACGAGUUCGCUUUUGUCAUUGGGGCAGAUGAUAAAGUGCUAUUUUCAGCAUUAUACAACUUGAAGGGUUUUUUAUGUCGCAUUAUUUGUUCUAAUUUCUUGGUUUGUUACGACAGCCUUGGCUUUUUAUCAGCAAAAAAUAAAACAAUAAACUCUUUAGAUCAUCAUCAAAAUAAUUUCACCCCAAAAAUUAUGGAGAAAAACAAUGAUGAACAAGCUUUCGAGCUUUAA